UAUUACGUCGUUGGAACCUUCAGCUGUCAGACUUUGGCCACCCUAAAAGUGCAGGGGGUUUUUUUUAAGCAAACUAACUCGAACUAUACAACCCGCGCCGAGGUUAUUUAAAGUUGUGCAUUCAUCUGCUAAUCGAUCUUUGAACGUGUGAGCUGGCGAUUGCACGAAGACGAACUAUUUAGUUUUAAAUCGCUGCUAGUUUUUGCAUAAGAUUAAGCGGGUGUAAGGCUAGAUGCAGGGAGGUAGGGAGGGAGUAAAAAAAGGCAAAAGUCUUUGUGCUUCCCUUCCCCCUCAUCAAAGCAAAGGGGAAAUGUCUCUGUCUAAAGGAGGGAAGAAGAAGAACCCUGGGCUGAAACUAGCCAAAGAUGUGUUUGCGCAGCCCACACCACCAGCAGCAGCAGCGCCCCCUCGAGAUCUUGACUCGAAAGCUUGCGUCACAAUUGGAGAUCAGAACUUUGUGGUGAAGGCCGAUGACUUGGAGCAGAUUGAAGAGCUGGGCAGGGGAGCGUACGGGGUGGUGGAUAAGAUGAAACAUGUGCCCAGUGGUGUUAUUAUGGCUGUCAAGAGGAUUCGUGCCACAGUCAACACUCUGGAGCAGAAGAGGCUUCUGAUGGACCUGGACAUUUCCAUGAGGACAGUGGACUGCUUCUUCACUGUGACCUUCUAUGGCGCCCUCUUCAGAGAGGGAGACGUUUGGAUCUGUAUGGAGCUGAUGGACACGUCUUUGGAUAAGUUCUACAAGAAGGUUAUUGAGAAAGGCAAAACCAUCCCCGAGGACAUCUUGGGCAAGAUCACAGUAGCAAUUGUCAAGGCAUUAGAGCAUCUGCACAGUAACCUGUCAGUGAUACACAGAGAUGUGAAGCCCUCCAAUGUUCUGAUCAACACUCAGGGCCAAGUGAAAAUGUGCGACUUCGGCAUCAGUGGCCACCUGGUGGACUCUGUGGCCAAAACAAUGGAUGCAGGCUGCAAGCCCUACAUGGCGCCUGAGCGGAUCAACCCUGACCUCAACCAGAAAGGCUACAGUGUAAAGUCAGACAUUUGGAGUCUUGGUAUCACGAUGAUCGAGCUGGCCAUUUUGAAAUUCCCCUACGACUCAUGGGGCACCCCGUUCCAGCAGCUCAAACAGGUGGUGGAUGAGCCAUCUCCACAGUUGCCUGCCGACUGUUUCUCCCCAGAGUUUGUAGACUUCAUCUCCCAGUGCUUAAGAAAGAAGCCAAAUGAGAGACCAGCUUAUACAGAAUUAAUGGAACAUCUGUUUUUCACCCUGCAUGACUCCAAAGAGACAGACGUGGCCAGUUUUGUCAAGGUCAUCCUGGAUGACUGAUGGGCUCCCUCCGGGCUCCACCCCGUCAGGGUAGGCAGGACCUCUCAGCAAAAUGAACCAAUGGCGCUACCUUAAUUUUCUUUUUCUUUUUUUUUUCUUUUUUUUUAAACUCACUGGAAUGACAGACUCUCAUUCACCCACACACAACGUGGGGGUGACCCAAAGACUGACAGCAGCCCAGCAGCACUGGAGUGGGAGAGUGGUGGUAAUAUGAACUUGUAUGUACGGUCAAAAACCAACUGGAGAGGUUUAAUUCACUCCUCCAAGCUUCCUGUGUGUUUGCGCAAUUAUUCAACAUGACAAAUACGAACUGAACCGGAUUUGCUGUUUUUUUGUUUUGUUCUUUUGUUUUUGCCCCACUACCCCUUCUCUCUCCUCAGAACGGACAGAGCCAGCCAUUAUUUCUUUGUGACACAUAUUGUAUGAAUACUUUGAGUUUCAUCUGCAAAACCAACAGUUAAUGUGUAUGUUGUUGUGUAUUGAAAGCUAUAUUUGCAUAUGCGUUUGUAUGUUUUCUCAUUAUACUGAGUUUUGAUACUGUAUAUCAACAAGUGUGAAUUUUACCGGACUAGGGCCUUAUUUGUCAGAUCGCAUCAGGUGAACAGUUCGACCUGGUUCUGCCCUGAGGUGAUUGGUCAGUGCAAGGGCUGCAGUUGUCAAGGGCCGGGCCGUGGGAAGCUCCAAAGCUGAGACAAAACAUGUAAGAAAUGUCAAAAGGUAACAUUCUGGAUGGGAGGAGUUGCAAGUCAUUUCAAUGUAAAGCGUCCGGUAUCAUCUGAACCGAUAUUGAUCCAAGCUGAGGCCCUUCAUGCAGUGUACCCGCCGUACUCUAAUUCUUUCUCGGGUAUUAACAAGUCGGCUUCAGUGCUGCCAUUGUUACUAUCUGGAAGUAUUCAGGGGUUGCCUAAUCAAGCUCACAGCUUUAUCUCUUUCCAUGUGCCAUGUUGCAAAUCGUUCUCAUGAAUUCCUGCUUUAAUUGUGUGUUUCUCUUUUUUUCGGACUUCUGCAUUUUGAUUUUUUUUCUGCAGCAUUUAAACUUAUUUUUUUCUUCUUUGGUCUACCUUUCUCAAUUCUGCAGUCAGCAUAGUUUUUUUUCCCCCCCAGAGACCAUAUUAUGCAUUACACAGACAGUAUGUUAGGGAAAUAAUUUAUGUGUUGAAGAUGUAAAUACUAUCUCCUUUUUUUUUUAAUGUAACAUGGCACUGUCCUAACCUGGCAGUGCCAAUGAGUGGUUGGUAUUAGAUAGUUUUAAUCCAGUGUGACAUGCAUACGCAAACACUUGUACUCGCAGGGCCAGCUGACUGUCGUACACUUAUUUUGGACUGAUGUGCUGUCAGGCUCCACCGCUCAGGUUUCGGCCCCAUCUAUUUUUCUCUAGGUCGUACUCUCCUUGAGUGCUGGUCCGAGAGCCUCUUUUUCAGUCCACGGUGGGCAGCCACUAUCUCUUCUGUCUGACCAUACUAUGCAGAGCCCCUUCGCCUUGGACACACAACAAGAGGCCCUUGCCAUGUGGCACUUUCCCCACUCCAAGUGUUCAGAGACUGUGAUGAUGAUGGUGGUGGUGGUGAUGAUGGUGAAGAUAGUGAUGACUGCCAUGCCUCUCUUCAUGGCUAGCACUCAUCGCCCCUCCGGUUUACACUGUAGUGCAACCUUUAUCAAAAGUCAGUGAGUUAUUAGUAUUUAUGAUUGUGAAUAAUAAGGGAAGCUAGCAACACCACAAAGAAGCUGCUGUUGUUUUUUUUUAUUUUUUUAGUCGGCCUUCUUUGGAUGGCCAUUCCCUUGGUGUGUAAAAGUGAGUUUUUACGCUGAUCACAAUGAGAAUGGAACACUUGCUCUACCUCUUACUCCUUCACUCUAUUUGCCACCUUUUCAUUGGGUGGGACUGACAAACUUGAACUAUGGAAAGACAAAAAAAUAAAGGCUUUAUUGUUCAGUA